AUGAAUUGUCCAUUCAACGAGGAGCAACUGAAUCAGUUGAAAGCAUUCGUCGAGUAUUGUAAAGGAGAACCGCAGAUUAUUCAUCACCCAAAAUUAAGUUUUUUCAAAGAAUACUUGUCUUCUCUGGGGGUUACUAUUCCUGGGCCGACACCUAGUGCUAAGAACUUCACACCGUCUGGGGAUACUUUCAGCUUCUCUGCUAACAACAAUGCUGAAGAAACAGCCACAGUGUCAUCUGGGGAGGAGUCUGACGCUGAAUCUGAUGUGGAAUUGGAUAUGGAAGGUGUCAUAGAGGCAGAUAAAGUAGAUGAUACUCAAAUAAUGGGAGAUGGAACAAAAGAGGUGACAGAUGAGGAAAGAGACCAGUCUGAUGAAAAGAGGUCUGAGGCAAUGAGGGCUUUCUCCGAGCAACAAUAUGAUGAAGCCAUCAAACUGUACAAUGAAGCUAUACAACUCAAUCCGCAGAGUGCUUUACUGUUUGCCAAACGAGGACAGAUCUACCUAAAGAUGAACAAACCCAAUGCUUGCAUCAAAGACUGCACGCGCGCGCUUGAACUCAACUGUGACAGUGCUGCUGCAUACAAGUUCCGUGGGCGAGCUUACAGGUUACUAGGCAAGUUCGAGGAAGCUUCUCACGAUCUCUGUGAAUCUCUCAAAAUUGACUAUGAUGACCAAACUAAUGAAUGGCUUACUGAAGUCAAGCCUAAUGCUGAGAAACUACGUCAACACAAACUUAGUGUUCAACGCAAGAAGGAAGAAAGAGAGCACCGUGAAAAGUUGCGCAGAGCUCGUAAGGCGCAGGAAGCUAGAGCUCGCGCAGCACGUGCACAAGCUGAAGCUAACGCCCGCGCACCACCUACCGGUGGUUUCCCAGGAUCUGGUGGCUUCCCGGGAGCCGGUGGUUUCCCAGGAGCUGGUGGGUUCCCAGGAGCAGGAGGCGCAGGUGGUUUCCCUGCCGGGUUAAAUCCACAGGACUUCAGCAACCUGCUCUUUGACCAGGAAAUCAUGGCAGCGUUCCAGGACCCUGAAGUGGCUGCUGCAUUCCAAGAUGUUUCGUCCAACCCAGCUAACUUUGUGAAGUAUCAAAAUAAUCCUAAAAUCGCCGCUGUUAUAGAGAAACUACAAUCCAAACUAGGCAAAGGUGGACCUGGUGGCUUUCCAGGUUUUGGCGGCGCAGCACCUGGAGCGGGCGGACCAAAAGCCCCCACAGACGACGAUGUUGGUCUUGACUAG